AUGAUCCUCCUUAAUGGUAAUGUAGGUGAGACUAAAGGUAGUGGUGAUGGUACUGAUGACACUGAAGGCAAUGUAGCUCUUGGGGAAGGUGUUGAUGCAAUGACAGGUGAUGGACUACGGUUGGGUGCAUCGACUGGGGACAGGGCAGAAGUGGUUGUAGGUGCAAUAUUGUCUGUAUGGGCAUGUAUAUUCUCAGCAACUGCAGGUGAAGAAUGUUAG